AUGCCGCUACGGGUAGAGGUGGGCAGGGCGCAGCAGCCUCCGGUGCCGGAACUCGGGAAGUCGUCGCAGUUCCAGCCGUGACUCCUCCGCUUCCGGAGCCUUCCCAUCGCUUUCUUCGGGGGCCGGGACCGGAGCGCAGCCCUGCGGGCGGGGGGCGGCACCGAGCACCCGCUCCGCCCCAUCGGAGCAGGCGGCCGAGCCCGAGGCAGGCUCGCAGCCCGUCCGCACCAUGGCCGGCAGCAGCCGCCUCCUAGGGCUCCUCCUCGCCUCCGCCGCGCUGCUGGGCGCAGGUCAUGCGGACUUUGGAGAUGGCUUUGACCUAGAAGAUGCCCUGUAUGACCACACCACCAAGCGACCGACUCCCAUGGGCCCCAGGAAGCCGGCAGGUGAUCCAGGAGGCUUUGAUUUGGCUGAUUACUUUGACACCAUUCCGGAGACUACCACCAAACCAGCCAAGCCGACUCCAAAGCCCUUCCCCAGGCCAGGAAAGCCAGACAACAGCGUUUGGGAUGUCAUCCGCACCACAACCAAGCAGCCAAAAACUACUAGGUCCCCCCCCAAACAUAACCCAGCAAAGAAUCCUAAUGAUUUUGACUUGGCUGAUGCCCUUGAUGAUAAGAACGAUCGGAAGGAUACUGGGAGGCCGGACAUAAGGCCAGGUGAAGGGUUUUCAGACGAUGACCUGGCCAGUGUUGUGGAUGGUGGCUACAGCCCGGACAAGAAGAAAGGUAGCAGAGGCAAAACUGACGACGACAACAAUGGAAGCACAAUGACGGAUACAGGGACAAUUGCUGGCAUUGCCAGUGGCCUGGCCAUGGCACUUGUUGGGGCUGUCACCAGCUACAUCUCCUACCAGCAGAAGAAGUUCUGCUUCAGCAUCCAACAGGGACUUAACUCGGAGUAUGUGAAAGGUGAAAACAUGGAAGCUGUCGUAAGUGAGGAACCCCAAGUCAAGUAUUCAGUCCUGGAAAAGCAGUCAGCAGAACCACCGAGACAAGACAGUGCGAAGAUGUGAAGCAUGACCCAGGGCUAGGAAAGAAUCAGUCGGCAGCAAACUGAGACCUUACAUGCUUGUAAUUUAGCAUUCUAUUUAAUUUGACUCCAAAGCUAUUUAAUGUGUACUUAGGCUUGAACUGGCUUCUUCUUGCUCUAGGCUGUAGGGUUAGAGCGGUUGUGUGUGUUUGUAUUUUUGUAAAGAAGUACAUGUUUACAUCAAAGUAAAUGGUAGGGUUGAUGUGCAGGUGAAUGCAAACCAACAGAAGGCUCUUCAGCAGUGGCCAAUUCUAAAUGGACAAGGUCUUUUCCAAGGAGCUUGCAGCUGGGAGGCCAGCAAAGUGCCUGUGAAUUACAGUCCAAAGGAAACGAGUCAAAGUCUUUGUAAAGCACCUCCAGCCAAAUUCUGCUAUCAGCUAUGGGUAUGUCACUUCCAGCUGCACAUUUCCUGAGGGCACUGUGGUCCUUAGUAUAGCUACACCUAAAAAUGAAGUGCCUAUGGGUAGGUCCUCAGGUGGGGUCCUUGGGCUGAGCUCCCAAGCCAGGAGUGGAGGAUGCUGUCCACCACCCAGCACUGGGCUUCUAACCAAAUAAAAGGAACUGAUUUUCACACCAAGUCACAAAUACAGCAGUGAGUGCAGUGCUUACUUACAGCAAAUACCAUUGGAAUACUUGACUAUGUUAGAGAUCUGGAUGGAGCUGAAGGUGCCAAGCAAUAUAGUUUGCCUGUGUGAUAUGUCUAUGUUGUCACC